AUGCAGGAGGAGGUGCCGGAGGCCUCGCCGGCCUCCACACAGUCGCCGGCAGAUCUGCGACUGGCGGUGUCGUCCCUGAGCUCCCUGGCCCAGGCCACAGCCCGCGGCACUACCAGCCGGCUCCGUGCGAUGACGCCGACGGCUGCAAUCAAAGAUGGUGCUUUGCAAAACCAACUGGUUAAUGUGGAGGAGAGGCUGAACGCUCAGAUCCUCCGCGUGCAGCAGCAGGGCGAUCGGCUCCGAGACGUUGCCUUGUCCCGGAUGGAGGCCAAGGUAGGUGCCUUCGAGACCCUCCAGCCGAAGUUCGAUCGCCGCAUUGCGGAGCUGUCGGGCAGUGUGAAGGGGUUGAGCGACGAGAUGCAGUCCCAGCUUCGGCGGGUGGAUCAGAUCGACUCCCGGCUCUGGGACUGGCGACACCAGCUCGAGGAAGAGAUCCGCGGACGCCUCUCUGAGGUGGAGCAGACACUGCAGCAAACCGCGUCCUCGCAACGCAUCACGAAAGCCUCCGCGGAAGAUUCAGCCAAGAAGAUGGCGACUCGACUCCUCAGGAUCGAGGGUGCCCUGGAAGAGCACCAUGCCAACGCAGAGGAUGCAAGCACCGGCAUCGUCCAGCUCCACUCGCGCCUCGAAGAGUUGGAGGAGAGCCACCAGCUUCGACAUGCCCAGCAUGACGAAGCCUUCGGGGCCCAAGCGGAAAGGCUCCGAGCGAAGGAGGUCGAGACCGGGGCCGCCCACGCCGCCCUGGAGCUCCGCGUCAACGACACGGAGUCCUUGUUGCAGGCCACAUCGCACAAGCUCGAUGUCCUCACGCAGGAGUGCAACGACUUCCGCUCCCGCUUGGAGGUUCAAGAGGAGAAGAGCCGGUCCAUGCGAACCAUGCAGGACACCAAGGACGAGCAAUUCCGCGCCCUCGUGGAUAGGGUGGAAAGAGAGAAUUUCGAAGGCCGUCUGAAGGCCCUGCAGUCCCGGAUCCAGGACAUGGAAGAGUCUGGGGUCCAGGCUCAGGAGCAGCUCCAAAUCCUUCAGCAAGGACUUGAGAGGCAAGAGCAAAAUCAGCAAUACCAGCUGGGCCGACUUCCCAGUCCCAGGAUGCUCGCCGCAGCUGAGCCUGCUGAGGCGGGUCAAUCUCGAGUUUGGCAAGGCCGACUCGACAAGCUCGAAGAGCAGCUCAAUUCGGUGCAGGAGCAGCUCGAGGCCCUGAGGGGUGAGCAAUCUCUGGCUCCCCACAUCAGCGCCCUGGUCACUCAGCUCAAGGACAUCACUCCCAAGGUGAUCAGUCACGACAGUGACCUGCAGAAGCUUCGCGACAAGGUCCAGUCCCUGGAAUCCUUUACGGGUGCUGCGGAGGUGAGGUCCUUCGAACCGGCGAAGGACUCUCCCGAGGUUGAAGAGCCACAGGGACCGAAGCAGCAGUCGCGACAGACGCUCCCGGAGGCUCAGGAGGAGGCGGCAGCCACGGCGCAAACCCCUGCAGAGACGGACGAAAUUGACAUGGCAAAUGCGGGUGACGAGAAGGCGCUUACGCCUCAGCAGGCGCGGGCCGCAUGGCAGCUUCGCCAAAACUCGCCGCGCAGCGCCCAGGUGUAA